AACACGCAAGCUGGACACGUAGAUCUGCGCACAGCCACGAUGAGAUACGCAGUCAGGCCGCCUCGGGAAAUGACUGACGUACUGACUCACCUGGACGAACCCAGCCAGUAUAAGAUGCGGCGUAGAAACAGGUUCUUCAUAGAUCCCGAGUCCUCUCUGAAGGUUAUUGCUUUGCACACACUCAUCCUGAUAUCCCGUUCAGCUUUACCACCAUGAACGCCAUUGCUUCUUCGUCCACAUCCUCGAUACCCUUUCCAUCAAGUUCGCAUGAUAUUCCCUUUUUGGGCGUAUCGCGACCAAUCGCUCAGACGCAAUUGCAGUACGAUGGACGGGGAAGGCUUAUGCCUUUUGUAGAGACGUUAUCCCAACGACGGGAGAGACUAGCCUUUCUCAGGAAGAAAGAGCAGUCCCGCAGAGUCUCUGAAUGGAUUGAAGCAUCAUCACGCCGUCGCUCAAAGCGGCCCGCAUAUGACUUAUCCUCCGUAGAUGCUGUGAAGCUAUCCGGACGACCGGAAUCGAUACCUGAGGAAGACGAACCGGAGAGCUCUUGGUCCACCUCAUUAUCAUCUUUUACACCGGCAAACCUGCAUGCGCACGACAGUGCAUGGCCGGCUCUCUUAUCCGGUUCACGAUCACAUGGGAGGACUGACUCCGUUUGUUCUACUCGAUCGUCACGGUCGUCACUAGAAUCUAUUGAGGAGGAGGACGAGGAAGGUCUCAACUAGGGCGGGUUAAUAUAUAAUAUGAUUGCUAGACCGGGGACUUGCAGAAAAGGUAGUAGUGUUCUGCAAUAUACUGUAUAAUGACUGACAUGUAACAUGCGUUUGUUGGCAAUCCCCUGUGACUUCAAGAGCGGCAACUCUGAAUGUAUGUAUAUAUAUAUGGUUAUCUCUCCUCUGACCUCUUCUUCAGAGCAUCUGCAAAGGCAUCGAAUGACUUCUUCAAGUCCUUGCCAGUGAUCCACUUGACAAGAUACGCAACAGGACCUCCAAAGACUUCAACUGUGUCAUACUUUGCUUUCCCAUCGUCAGACAGACUGAUUGAUUGCCAUCUCUCGGCGUUCAGUAACCAGUUGGGAAGAGAGGCGUAGCGCCAGGCUACGCGAUGGUUCUCGUGAUCAACCAACGUCACAAUCUCGUGAGAUUUCUGCGGAUGAGACUCCCCAUCCUUUCCAGGGGGAAUGUUAACGGUCAGGAUGAGAGUUGACCCUAACUUGGGGGUCUGGUCAUCGAGCGGUUUGUUGGCAGCGUCCACUACCACCUGGCUUCGUCUAUAUCAAUAAAAGAUUCAUUAGAUG